AGAUAUAGAUUAACUUAAAAAAAAACAAAAACAAAACAAUACAAAGAAAUAACUAUAUAGAUCAGGAGACGGGGGCUGAGUGACAGGUCUCCGCUACCGUCUUCUUCUUUCUUUCAUCGUAUUAGGGUUUUCAGAUUUCCGGUCUCCAAUUCAGACAAUACGACCGCCAAUUCUCGCGUUUUCAAAAUCGACAUUUGUCCGCCCUCAACUAUUCAUCCGAAGACCGAAAUCCUUCCACAUUUUUGCUUUGACGUGGACAAUUGCGCAUGGCUUCUUCCUCGAUAAUCACUCCUGAAGAUGUGCUGGAGUCGCUGAUGAACGACGGCACAAUUGAUGCCCUAAGAUUGAAGAUCAUCAACCAGCUCAAAGCCAAUGAGGAAUUGAAGAGUACUACGAUAAAGAUGGCUGAGCAGAGUAAGGUUCUGAACACCCCUGGUGCUGAGAAACAGACCAAAAGAGAGCUCUUCGAUGCGCUUCGCCAAGAACUUGAAGCUUCUGUACUUGAGAAGGCCUCAAAAUCAGUUUGGGAUUUAAUUUUAGACAAUAGUGGCCUGGGAAAGGAGAUAAGUGAAACAGUUGAGCGAGUGUUUUGUCGAUUGAGUGGCCAGGAGCCUCCAUUAUUUCCACUACCAAAUGGAGAACCACAACCUGAUAAGGAAGCUGACAACAGAAAAGAAAAAGGUAAAGGGAAGCAGAAGGAAAAUGAAAAUGCAAAUUCAAAUACUCCAUCAAAGAAAAGAAGCUUCAGUGAAAUAAAUUUGGAAGGGGCAGAUGAAACUGCAACCAGGUCCUCUGAUCCUGCGGCAGUAUCAGAAGGUUAUGGCAAAUCACCUCUAUCAAUUUCCAAGACUUGAACCGCAACUUCGACGAGCCUUUUGUAACAGAAGUGAUCACCAUCUGGUACAGAAAAUACUUUGGAAUACUCCCAGCGGUUCUAAAGCAACGAAUGAACAACCUGUUCAUCUUUGAGCAUUUACAAAUUAAUGAAGGUCAGUGCCUCUUUCGGAUUGGAAGAGUUCAUUCAUCUAGUUUGAUCAGAUCAUUAUGGUGUCAGAUUCUACUUGUCCUCACUGCUCAGCUUGUCUUGGUUUGGGUAUGAUCCGGUUAUUUUAUCAAAUACUAUAAAAAAAACAGAUUCACCAAUUUUUAUAGAUGAAUUCAGUUCAACUCAUUUGUGAAAUUUUUUCGCUACAAGUGUAAGUUUUUUAGCCAAUGUUUUUCAUCGAAAAAAUGAGGGUAUGUUAAUGUUAGGAAACUUCUGUGAGAACACUACCAUAAAAAGGUAACAAGUGUAUCAUUUUUCUACUUAUAAUCAACAUUUGUAUUUAAGUGAGAUAGGUAGACAUUAUUUUAUAUUAAUCCUCCUUUCUUCUU